AUGCCCGAACCACGAUGCCGGCGCGGAAUCUGCAUGCUGGGGAAAGCAGCGACGGUCACGACGCUAGUACUGGCGGAUAAGAGCGGGGUAGUUACCGGCAGAGCGAGGGGAGGAGGAUCUUCAGGGAUACAUGACGCUGCAGAAUGGGACGCGAGCGUGGCAGAGCAGAACAGACGAAACGCACCAUCUAGCAGUAGUACAUCUAACAAGGCGCACACGGACGCAGAUAGAGAAAAGGUGGCGGGGACGCAGGGUGGGGGAAGACAGUUUGCCGGACGUGCGGUACCGGAGGAUCAGAGUCCACGCAAGGCAGCGAGGGAGCCUGCGUCUACUCGCAGCGUCGGGACUCUGGUAGUGGGCGCCGACCAACAGAUACAGGACAAGAAACGGCAGCGCCGUCAGCUGCAGCCGGAGCUGUACUGCGCAGUAGCGGGAGACAAACUGUCGAUGAAUGACAAAUUGUGUCUGCAAAGCUGCCAUGUGAUCAACGACGAGAUACAGCCACGCUUCUACCAAUGGGAGGAGUAUUGUUUUUGUUGCUAUGAACCGACCAUUGCGUUGGGAUUUGCUGCUGCGAUUCGAUCAAUUUAAUGCAAAAGGAGGUGGUAGUGAUUUGCUUUGGCGCAACGAGUUCUGUGGGGUGCAGUUCUUGUCGACCGAUGGUAUUGAUUCCAUGUAAAACAGCUAUUGCAAGGACACGUCACUGGAUUCGGAUUGGGACCAGUGGUGCUACGACUACUACGAUUGCCUGCUAGGCUGUGAGGUGUUUCAAGAAAUCACCGACAUGGGAACCGUCGCUAUCGUACAGAAAGUGAUUGCUUUUUUCUCUCGCGCAGGUUCGGUGUGACAGAAGUAGAAGAAAGCAAUUAUGCACGGUGGGGAUGAGUUGGUCUUUGUAGCCGUACUGUCGCAACACUGAGGUUCACACUUCUACAAUGAUACGAAUGCAGCAUGUAUUUUCUAAUGACCGCGAAGACAAACACAUAAAACAGUGGGCAAAGCGGAAGGACUUGCUGAAGCAGAUGGAUCCGAGUAGUAUCUUGGACGGAGACCAGAAGUGCGCUGCCGAGCAGUGCCGUUCCUACUGCACGCGGCAGACCCUACCGACGUGUCGGGAGCUGGCCUUCAAAGCGGAGUGUGAAGCGAUGCAGCGUAGCCAGCGGCUGAUGCGCUGCGACAUGGAUUGCAGCUCUGCGUUCUCCGCCCGGGACAGCGUGAAUGCGUGGUAAGCAUUGUCUUAUGCGAAACGCGUGGAGUGUUUCUUCAGAGUGUUUUGCGAGGGUUUCGCUUGUGCUUCUUGCGUUGUGACGUCAGAUUAAACUUCCAAUAGGUUCACGGGCUUGUUGCUGGCGGUGGCGCUAAUUUUCUACUGACGCGAACGAGAUUGCGCUUGCUCGCGACUGCCGGCGAUAUAAGCGGCAAGAAGGUUCCUUGCGGCCGUCGAUAGUGUCGGUACUGAUUUCUUGUGGUAGACACGAUAUGGAAUUUACCAAAAUAUGGAUCUCAGAAACAAGUGCAUCACCAGACACACACGAUGCGAGGAGGUGUGUAUGUUGAGCGGAUUAAUCUUCAUCAAAGGAAAAACGUAGGAAAGCGAUUAUUUGAAUACCAAUGGCCAAUGGAAACAAACAGAAAUCCUGAAGCAACAUUUUGCAGAGAACAAUCGAUAAUAAUUACGGUAGCUCCGAUGCCGAUAACAGUAACAGUAAAGUAAUUUAGCAUGAGAGUACGACAUAGCGACACAGAGAUCAACACAAUUUUGCAAUCGAGUUUACUCCUUUUGGGCUUUCCGCUACUAAAACUUACCAAGGUGCGCGGCUUGCAUAAUUGCGCCAGACAGAGCUUUUUGUACAAGCGUGCUUAGGCAGUACAUGUCCUGACACUUGGACUCCGAG